GCAGGGGGCGGCUUGUACGUCCUCCGAGAGCCCGGGACGCACUGUCCCUGCCGGUGGCACCCGCCCCGGGGGCUUGUCGUAGUUGAGAGGGACGAAGAAGAAGCCGACAUGGCGAUGACGCUGCUGGAAGACUGGUGCAGGGGGAUGGAUGUCAAUUCCCAGAGGGCCCUCCUGGUCUGGGGGAUCCCGGUCAACUGUGACGAGGCUGAAAUCGAAGAGACCCUCCAGGCGGCCCUGCCCCAGGUGCCCUACCGCGUGCUGGGCAGGAUGUUCUGGAGGGAGGAGAACGCCAAGGCCGCCUUGCUGGAGCUCACUGGCGCCGUGGACUACUCGGCCGUCCCCAGGGAGAUGCCGGGCAAAGGCGGGGUCUGGAAAGUGGUGUUCAAGCCGCCCACCUCGGAUGCCGAGUUCCUAGAAAGGCUGCGCCUCUUCCUGGCGAGGGAGGGGUGGACCGUGCAGGACGUGGCCCGGGUCCUGGGCUUCCAGAGCCCCGCCCCGCCCCCGGGCCCCGAGCUGCCCGCCGAGAUGCUCAGCUACCUCCUGGAUCACGUCAUCCAGCCUCUGGUCGAGUCCAUCUGGUACAAGAAGCUGACGCUGUUCUCGGGCCGGGAUAUCCCGGGCCCCGGCGAGGAGACCUUCGACCCCUGGCUGGAGCACACCAACGAGGUGAUGGAGGAGUGGCAGGUGUCGGAUGCGGAGAAGCGGCGGCGGCUGAUGGAGAGCCUGCGGGGCCCGGCGGCGGAUGUCGUCCGCAUCCUCAAGUCCAACAACCCGGCCAUCACCACCGCCGAAUGCCUCAAGGCGCUGGAGCAGGUGUUCGGCAGCGUGGAGAGCUCCCGGGAUGCGCAGGUCAGGUUUCUGAACACGUACCAGAACCCGGGAGAAAAGCUGUCGGCGUACGUCAUCCGCCUGGAGCCGCUGCUGCAGAAGGUGGUGGAGAAGGGGGCCAUCGACAAAGAGAACGUGAACCAGGCCCGGCUGGAGCAGGUGAUCGCCGGCGCCAACCACAGCGGGGCCAUCCGCAGGCAGCUGUGGCUGACGGGCGCCGCCGAGGGGCCGGCCCCCAACCUGUUCCAGCUGCUGGUGCAGAUCCGCGAGGAGGAGGCCAAGGAGGAGGAGGAGGAGGCCGAGGCCGCGCUCCUGCAGCUGGGUCUGGAGGGACACUUCUGAGCGAGCCCCAGAAAGGGCCUUCGGUGUAGACCUAGGUCACAGCUGCUUGCCUUGUCUCUGUGCUGUCUUCGGGGUGUCGUGUCGUGUCGUGUCUGGGGGUGGGGGUGGGGUCAGGUCCCUGGACCCGUGUACCAUUGGCAAAGCGGCGCGUUCGAGCUGCCGAGCUGCCGUAAUAGGAAUCCCACCAGCUCCCACGUCCGGUGAGAGCUGGGACCCAAGUGCGUCCUGCAAGCUACCAUCGUGGCACCAUCAGUUGUGCAACAAAAAAAAAAAAAAAAAAAAAAGUGAACUCGUGACACUUCUUCUCAUCCAGGUAACUAAAUGUGAAACUGCAUGUUCAAAAAGGUCUGGAUAACUCAAGAAAAAUGUUCAGUUAAAAUAUUUGCUGUUCAGUUAAAAUACUUGCUGCUCGGUUGUUACUAAUACUGUGAAUUUUUGUGUUUAUUGUGAAUUGUUCCUUAUUUAUAUUAACGGAAGGAAAUAGGAGUUUAUUAACGGAAGGAAAUAGGAGUUUAUUAAAUAGGAGUUUAUUAACGGAAGGAAAUAGGAGUUUAUUCAAGAUUAAUCCACUUUUCAGUGCAAGUUAUUUUACAGCUUUAAACGUGGAUCAAUUUAACAAAAGUAUCUGAGACAAAAUGGGAUGUUGGAAAACACUAUAAUUAAUGUGUGCAUCACAACUUUUCACUGUUUUGAGACGUCUGUAUAUUGAAAAUUGCAUGAGGAGAUUAAUAUGAAUCAGCUGCAGAAUCCAUUCUCCCAUUUCAGAUUACUUUUUCCCCAUUUCAGAUUUUGACACAAUUCUUGUUCAUGCUGAUUCUUAGUGUUCUAAGUGAAGAUGACAUUAUCAAAUAAGUGUAUAUGAAUAAAAUAUUUUAAAAAU